UUAACGUUUCGGUAAUGAGUAUUUUCAAAAUUAGUGUUUAAUUCAUUUUUAUUAUUGGAUGUAAUUAUUAAAAUUGAUUCGCUGUGAUUCAAAAAUCGCGCUGCAUUUUGUUGCCAUCAAAAGAUGGUGCUAACAUUGAAUACUAAAGUAAAAUAAAAAAGAUAAAUAAGGCUUCAGACGCUUAGGUUAUAAAGUAUCAAAAGUUAUUAUAUUUUUCAUCUCAGUGAUUUAUAAUCAGUAACACCGUAAUUGAUAUUUUAUUAAUAUAUAUUAUUAUAAUAUUAAACUAUUGAUAAAUAUAUACUCAACUAAGUUUCAAAUAAAUUUAAUUUAAAAAAUUAAGUUUCAAGUAUUUUUUGUUUUUGAACAAAAUGAAAAUUUUAUGUGACUCCUAUCCCGAAAAGCACAUAGUAAUUUAUGAAUGGAAGAUUCAUGAAAUAUUACCAUUUAUUGAGUCUACUAAAAACGAUAAAGGUCCAGUAGAGCUUAACUCAUCAAACUUUACUGUAAAUGACAAGGCUGAAAAUUUAUGGUAUUUACAACUGAGUCUAUCAGAAGAAAAGGAAUGGAUAUCACUGUUCUUGCGUCGUAAUGGAAAAAAUAAAGUAAGAAUAGAGUGUUUACUAUUUUUUUUAGACAGCAAAAAUAAAAAAGAAUUUAUAUCAAAUUCCUACAUAAGUUACGACUCGAAUGAUGCGUUCGGAGAGGAACGAUUUCUUGAAAUAAAAGAGUUACUGGAAAAGAAAGAUGAUCUUAUACCAAAUAACACCUUAACUGUAGGUGUUGAGAUGACUGUUUUUGACGAUUACAGAUCAUUUACUAGUGAUUAUCCGUUGCAAAAACGACAGCGUAAAAUAGCUGAUGCUCUGAAAAAACUCUUUGAUACCAAAAUAAACAGUGACGUUAUUUUCGUUGUGGGUAAUGAAAAAUUUAAAGCUCACAAGCUCAUACUGUCCACUCGUAGUCCUGUAUUUUUCGCAAUGUUCACCCAUGAGAUGAAGGGAAAAAAAGACAGUGAAGUUGAUAUACCUGAUAUAGAUCCGGAAAUUUUCAAUAAAAUGCUGGAGUUUAUUUAUACCGACGAGAUAAAUAAUUUGGAUGCAGAUGCUGCGUAUUUGUUAGAAGCUGCAGAUAAAUAUCAAUUGCUGAACCUUAAAAGUUUAUGCGAAGAAUCAUUAUCUAAAUCAUGCAGCAUUGAUAAUGCAAUUAAACUGAUGAUUUUAGCAGAUCUGCAUAAUGCUAAUCAAUUGCUGGAAUUUAUUUGUAAAUUUAUGAUAAGAAAUCUCAAAGAUGUGGUUAAAACUUCAGAGUAUGAAGUAUUAGAAAUAACUAAACCAUUGUUAUUAUUAAAAUUAUUAAGAAAACAAGCAGACUUGAACGAAAAUUAAUGCUUCAAUAAAUUAAAAAUACUUGGUAUAUUAGGAGCUAUUACCGGAAAGGACUUGGUUAAUGAGAGGACAAGAUUGGAGUGGAAUGACAUUAAAAAUUUGAUAUUUUAUUUCAAAGAGGAUUAAUACUUGUUUUGUAAAUAUAAUAAUUUUCAUUUUUAAAAAAUAUACUUAAUAUACUGUCAUUAAAUUAACAAUAGGAGUAGACAUUAUGGUGUGAAUAGCUUUUAAUUUUUUCCACCACUAAGUAAAAAUUAGUUUAUAUAAAGUAACACUAGUUUAUUUGUAGUUUGUACAAAAGUAAAGAUUUGUGUACUUUCGAAUCUUUUUGUUUUGAAAAAUAUUUUUUAAAAUUUAAUUAAAUUCUUUGAAAACGUA